UUCUUCGUUGUCGCUAGACGUCCCUCCGAAAAAGACGUCCAUUGAUAUUUUAUAAACUCUAGCAGUAACUCCAACGGUUUUGCCUUUUCUUGUUGACUGUCUCAGGAUGAUUGAACCCAAGAAGAGACCGGCGGACAUGGCGAUGGUUCCAGCCGCCGUGAAGCGACCCCGGACGGAGCUGGUGGCGGCGGCGCAGUCCCAGCAACUCGUGGCCAUGGGUCCUCCACGGUCCUCCAGCCUGCAGGCUCCCAUUAUGCUGAUGUCUGGUCACGAGGGCGAGGUCUACUGCUGCAAGUUUCACCCCAACGGAUCCACGCUCGCCUCCUCGGGAUUUGAUAGGCUCAUUUUGAUGUGGAAUGUGUACGGAGAUUGUGACAAUUAUGCCACGAUGAAGGGCCACAGUGGAGCAGUGAUGGAGCUGCACUACAACACAGAUGGCAGCAUGCUGUUUUCAGCGAGCACAGACAAGACUGUAGGAGUGUGGGACAGUGAAACUGGAGAGAGAAUCAAGCGCCUGAAGGGCCACACCUCCUUCGUUAACACCUGUUACCCAGCCCGUCGAGGGCCCCAACUCGUCUGUACCGGCAGUGAUGACGGGACCGUCAAGCUGUGGGACAUCCGUAAGAAAGGGGCAAUCCACACUUUCCAGAACACCUACCAGGUGCUCGCUGCAACAUUCAAUGACACCAGUGAUCAGAUCCUUUCAGGAGGCAUCGACAAUGACAUCAAGGUGUGGGACCUGAGGCAGAACAAGCUGAUCUACAAUAUGCACGGCCACGGUGACUCAGUGACUGGACUUAGCCUGAGCUCUGAGGGAUCAUACCUUCUCUCAAACUCCAUGGAUAACACAGUGCGUAUUUGGGAUGUUCGACCAUUUGCACCCAAGGAGAGAUGUGUGAAGAUUUUCCAGGGCAACGUUCACAACUUUGAGAAGAAUUUGCUGAGGUGCUCCUGGUCUACUGACGGCAGUAAGAUAGCUGCCGGCUCAGCUGACAGAUUUGUGUACAUCUGGGACACCACAUCACGCAGAAUCCUGUACAAGCUGCCGGGACAUGCCGGCUCCGUCAACGAAGUCGCCUUUCACCCAGAGGAGCCUAUAGUGCUGUCUGGUGCCAGUGAUAAAAGGCUCUACAUGGGAGAAAUUCAGUAGGGAGUGUGGGAGUUUGUUCACCUGGAUGAGUGUGUGUCUGUGUGUGUGAGUGUCCUGCCUAAGAAGUGGAUGGGUGGUAUCCGACAGUGGGUUUGGAGUCUCUGUAAUUUCAUGUGCUUCAGCUUGUCAAAGAACAACCUCAGGACGCGUGUUUGAAGUUGAUCAUUGGUCAAAACAACCUCCACAGUGACUUGUUUUUUUUAUUCUGAAUUGUUUCUUUUUAAUAAACUUGAGUAUUCUGUAAAAACUGU